UUGAUUUCUCUUCCUCGUUCUGUGCACCAUUCAUUCAAUCUCAUUCCUCUCCAUUCAGCAAGCGAGCGAGCUUCUUCCAUCAUCAUUCUUAUCAAUACGAUUCGUUCGUUGCUUCUCGAAUCUCUCUUAUCUCCCGUGUUCGUUUCUAAAACGAGCGACGAACAUGAAUUUUUCGUUAUGCUCUACCUCCUCAGAGCUUGCAUGUCCAAGCGACUGUGUUAUGAGAUCUCCCGUUGCAAACCGGUUCUUAUCUCGUGAACCGGUUAGGUUUGAUGAGACUUGGAAGAAGAGAAAAUACUUUAAUACGAAGAAGGUUUUUGCGUCAACGCAUAUUGUGCCAGGGCACUUGGAGGAUUCUUCGUCUAUCGCUAAGAAGAGUCUUCUACCGAGAAGAGAGCCUGUGGAGAGGCUUGGCUUUGUGAGAACUUUGUUGAUUGAUAAUUACGAUAGCUACACAUUUAAUAUAUAUCAGGCACUCAGUACUAUUAAUGGAGUGCCUCCUGUGGUUAUUCGGAACGAUGAGUGGACGUGGGAAGAAGCUUACCGUUACUUAUAUGAAGACGCUGCUUUCGAUAAUAUUGUUAUAUCGCCUGGACCUGGUUCUCCCAUGUGCCCAGCUGAUAUAGGAAUAUGUCUUCGCCUUUUGCUUGAAUGUCGUGAUAUUCCAAUUCUAGGCGUUUGCCUUGGCCAUCAGGCACUAGGUUAUGUCCAUGGAGCUCAUGUGGUGCAUGCCCCGGAACCAGUCCAUGGACGAUUAAGUGGGAUUGAACAUGAUGGGAACAUAUUGUUUUCUGAUAUUCCAUCCGGGAGAAACUCUGAUUUCAAGGUUGUUAGAUACCAUUCACUGAUCAUAGAUAAGGAAUCACUGCCAAAGGAACUCAUACCAAUAGCUUGGACGGUUUAUGAUGACACAGGCUCUUUCUCUGAGAAGAAGUUCUCUACUCCUGUGAAUACCUCUUUGAGCCCAUCAAGGAACGCAUCUGUCAUCUCUGUUCCGGAAACGUUGGAAAACCAAAGUUAUUGGCCUUCCCCCCAUGUUGAUGGAAAACAAGAUAGACACAUUCUUAUGGGCAUCAUGCAUUCUACUUUUCCUCAUUAUGGUUUGCAGUUUCAUCCAGAGAGUAUUGCCACCACUUAUGGAAGCCAAAUAUUCAAGAAUUUCAAAGACGUGACUGUGGAUUAUUGGAGUCGCUACAAAUCUCCAUCCUUGCGUCGAAGAAUGAUUAAUGAGACUGCAAACAUGCAGGUGCCAAGUGCCUGUCAAUUGCUGAAAGAACUUUCCAGAACUAGAAAUACAGGAAAUGGUUCGAGCUAUAAUAAUAACAACUCUAGUAACUCUCUCUCUACUGCCAAGAAAAAUGGUGUAGACGUAUUCAAUCUGGUGGAUUUAGCAUACGCCAAACCUGAUACAAAAUUGCUGAGGUUGAAAUGGAAGAAACUUGAACGUCUUGUACAUAAAGUUGGUGGAGCAAGGAAUAUAUUCAUGGAAUUAUAUGGCAAGAAUAGAGGGAAUGAUGCUUUUUGGCUGGAUACUUCUUCUAGUGACAAGGCUAGAGGGCGAUUUUCUUUCAUGGGCGGCAAAGGCGGAUCCCUCUGGAAGCAAUUGACAUUUAGUUUAUCUGAUCAAAGCGAGAUAACAUCUAAACAUGGUGGACACCUUCUGAUUGAAGAUGCUCACGGUUCUACUGAGAAACGAUUCUUGGAAGAAGGCUUUCUUGAUUUUCUACGUAAGGAGCUUUCAUCUCUCUCUUAUGAAGAGAAGGACUUCAAAGGGUUGCCUUUUGAUUUUUGUGGUGGAUACGUAGGUUGUAUUGGAUAUGAUAUUAAAGUAGAAUGUGGAAUGCCUAUUAAUCGGCACAAAUCCAAAGCUCCAGAUGCAUGUUUCUUCUUGGCGGAUAAUGUCAUCGCCAUUGAUCAUCAACUUGAUGACGUUUAUGUAUUAUCUCUCCACGAAUUGGACACUGCAGAGACCUCUUUCCUGAAUGAUACUGAAGAGAAGCUCAUCACCAUGAGUGUUUCGCCCACAAGAAAGUGGAAGGAUCAAACUCUUCCUGCUAUAGAUUCAUCGCAACGCAAAGCAAGUUUUGUCCCUGACAAAUCACGAGAGCAGUAUAUCAACGAUGUGGAGAGGUGUAUGCAGUAUAUCAAAGACGGGGAGAGCUACGAGCUUUGUCUAACUACACAGAACAGAUGGAGAAUAGAGAACACUGAUCCUUUGGGACUUUAUCUCCACCUGAGAGAGAAGAACCCAGCACCAUAUGCAGCCUUUCUCAACUUCUCAAAUGCAAAUUUGUCUUUGUGCUGCUCGUCUCCUGAAAGGUUUCUUCUGCUGGAUAGAAAUGGGAUGCUAGAAGCAAAGCCCAUUAAGGGUACGAUAGCUCGUGGCUCCACACCCGAAGAAGAUGAACUAUUAAAAUUUGAAUUGAAACUCAGUGAGAAGAAUCAAGCUGAGAAUCUGAUGAUCGUCGACCUUUUGAGGAACGAUCUCGGCCGUGUCUGUGAGCCUGGCUCAGUCCAUGUGCCUAACCUCAUGGACGUGGAGACAUACACAACGGUACACACUAUGGUGAGCACCGUCCGUGGAUUGAAGAAAACAGACAUUAGUCCAGUGGAAUGUGUGAGAGCAGCUUUCCCUGGCGGUUCAAUGACCGGUGCUCCGAAACUAAGAUCCGUUGAGAUUCUUGAUUCGCUUGAGAACUGUUCGAGAGGACUUUACUCGGGGUCAAUAGGGUAUUUCUCGUAUAAUGGUACGUUUGAUCUGAAUAUAGUAAUAAGAACAGUGGUGAUACAUGAGGAUGAAGCAUCCAUUGGAGCAGGAGGAGCGAUUGUUGCGUUAUCAAACCCAGAAGAUGAGUUUGAGGAAAUGAUUCUUAAGACUAGAGCUCCUGCUAAUGCGGUCAUUGAGUUUUGUAGUGGUUCCAGUGAAAGACACUAAGUAGUGCUAAUGAGAAUUCGCUCAUCCAUCGGGCAUAUAACCGAUGUAAAAGGAAAGAAGACAUUGCUUUCGUGUUGUGGCUUUAAACACUUCUUUAAGAAAAUAUAUGUAGAAAAAUAUAUAUAGAGAUAUAGUUGUAAGAGAUUUGGGGGUGGAGUUGUUUUUUCUA